GCCGGCGCCUCUAAACCCCGGGGUGGAUUUUGGGAACAUGCGCGCAAGCGGUGCACUGGGCAUGCGCGAGCGGGCCCCGAGCUCCGUGGGUCGAGGACUCAGGUAGUGCGCCGUGGCGCCGCCAGCAACCAGCUCCUUCACUCGGGACACUUGGGUGGCUUCAGCCGCCCCUCGGACCCACCCAGUGCCUUUACCUCCUUGAGGACAACGCGCCGGGCCUGCCGCGCCGGGCUACCGGCCGGCUGCGUCCUCACGUGCGGAGGCCGCCACAGUGACCCCGCCCCCGGGCCCGGGAUGUGAGGCCCGCGGGGUGUCCCCGCACCGGGCCUAGGCGCCGGGAGUGGCCGGCUCGGCAGCGCCGGGCGAUGGCCCUGCUGCCGGUGCUCCUCGCCUCCUGGGGCCUGGGGCAGUGAGGGGGCCGGCGGGCGAGGGCAAGGUGGCCGCGGGCGCCAUGGAGGGGGUGCUGUACAAGUGGACCAACUAUCUGAGCGGUUGGCAGCCUCGGUGGUUCCUUCUCUGUGGGGGAAUAUUAUCUUAUUAUGAUUCUCCUGAAGAUGCUUGGAAAGGUUGCAAAGGGAGCAUCCAGAUGGCGGUGUGUGAAAUUCAAGUUCAUUCUGUAGAUAACACACGCAUGGACCUGAUAAUCCCUGGGGAACAAUAUUUCUACCUGAAGGCCAGAAGUGUGGCUGAGAGACAACGGUGGCUGGUAGCCUUGGGGUCAGCCAAGGCUUGCCUGACAGACAGUAGGACCCAGAAAGAAAAAGAGUUUGCUGAAAACACUGAAAACUUGAAAACUAAAAUGUCGGAACUAAGACUCUACUGUGAUCUUCUUGUUCAGCAAGUAGAUAAAACAAAAGAAGUGACCGCAACUGGCGUGUCCAAUUCUGAGGAGGGAAUUGAUGUGGGAACUCUGCUGAAAUCAACCUGCAAUACUUUUCUGAAGACUUUGGAAGAAUGCAUGCAGAUCGCAAACGCAGCCUUCACUUCUGAGCUGCUCUAUCGCACUCCCCCAGGAUCACCUCAGCUGGCCAUGCUCAAGUCCAACAAGAUGAAACAUCCUAUUGUACCAAUUCAUAAUUCAUUGGAAAGGCAAACAGAGUUAAACAGUUGUGAGAAUGGAUCUUUAAAUAUGGAAAUAAAUGAUGAUGAAGAAAUCCUAAUGAAAAAGAAGAGCUCCUUAUGUUUGAAACCUGCAGAGACAGAUCGCAGCAUAUCAAGUGAAGAAAAUACAGAUGAUAAUAUAACAGUCCAAAGUGAAAUGAUAAAGGAAGAUGGAGAGGAAAACCUGGGAAAUCAUGACAGCCACUUGGCACAGUCUGAAUCACACUCCUCAAGCAGCUCUCCAGAAGCCCACUGGGAAGAAGGCCAGGAAGUCAUCCCAACUUUCUUUAGUACCAUGAACACCAGCUUUAGUGACAUUGAACUUCUGGAAGACAGUGGCAUUCCCACAGAAGCAUUCUUAGCAUCAUGUUAUGCUGUGGUUCCAGUAUUAGACAAACUUGGCCCUACAGUGUUUGCUCCUGUUAAAAUGGAUCUAGUUGGAAAUAUUAAGAAAGUAAAUCAGAAGUAUAUAACCAACAAAGAAGAGUUUACCACACUCCAGAAGAUAGUGCUGCACGAAGUGGAGGCCGAUGUAGCCCAGGUUAGGAACUCAGCUACAGAAGCCCUCCUGUGGCUGAAGAGAGGUCUCAAAUUUUUGAAGGGAUUUUUGACAGAAGUGAAAAAUGGAGAAAAGGACAUCCAGACAGCCCUGAAUAAUGCAUAUGGUAAAACAUUACGGCAACACCAUGGCUGGGUAGUUCGAGGGGUUUUUGCGUUAGCUCUGAGGGCAGCUCCAUCCUAUGAAGAUUUUGUGGCUGCAUUAACCAUUAAGGAAGGCGACCACCAGAAAGCAGCUUUCAGUGUUGGGAUGCAGAGGGACCUCAGCCUUUACCUCCCCGCCAUGGAAAAGCAGCUGGCGAUACUGGACACUUUAUAUGAGGUCCACGGACUGGAGUCUGACGAGGUGGUAUGAUGUCUGCAGGGCAGCGCCGCCUCCUAACUUCAGGGAAUAAAGUUCGCUAAAGUGUUUCGUUGCCCUACUUAAUUUCCAGCAGCAGCUUCAGUCCUCUCCAAUCCCUUACUUGGGGGGAUGGAGAGGAGGAGGCAAAGCCUAGUGCUUUUAUGUAUAAUUUUUAAAAUGCAUAUAUGUUUUGUGUGUUUAAAAAUCAAGGUGCUAUAUAUUCAGUUCAAAGGGCCUCCUGGAAACCAAAUCAUAGCUGUUACCCAGAUGUGAACGGCGAGUUAUAAGAGCAGAUUUGACAAAUGAAUUUGUUAGUAUUGUGUUUUGCUUUUAGUUUUAAUGGGCCACCCAAACCCAAGCUGAAAUUGAGCAAUUUCUUUAUCAAGGACUGUAACUCAUAGCCAGUGUUUCAAUCAAUUUAGAAUUAGACUAAAAAUUUAGAGGGAGCUCAGCCCCUUUGUUGAAGCUAUUGAAAUGUAGAGUUCGCUAUUCCUAGACGUUCUGCAAAGAAUCCUCUUCUCUGUGGCUCUGGGGGCCAGAAGAGCCUGUGUAGUCAGCGUGUCCGGGGCGUUGGUGUGACCAAGCAGUGCCAUCCCUGUUUAUGGGCCAGGAGACUGGCUCUGAAGAGAUGAGUGGUGUGUCCUAGCCCCGAGCUGGAGGACAGUACGGGAGGGGUGGGACAGGUCAUCUGAGGUGACCCCGUGCAGUGCACACCCUUUGCCAGCCUGCUUUCCCAGGCAUCAUCUCAGUUGGACAUCACAGCAAAACCGUGACAUUCAGGGAUUAUUAUUAAACUUCAAAAGGAAGGUUUAAAGGUCGAGGGAUUUGCUCAGUCACACAGCCACUAAAUAGAAGAACCACGUGAUUUCCAUGUGUGAUCUGGACCACCUCUGCAUCAAAAUCACAUGGAGUGCUUGUUUGAAAAGCAAAUUCCCAGGCCUUACCUUGACCUGAAGAACCAGAAUUGUGGGAUUGGGACUCAGGAUAAUAAACCUUGAAUUUGAAUAAACUUUCCAAGUUAUUCUUGUGCACACAGGGUUGAAGAGCUACGAGAUUAAAUUCUAGUUUACAGAAUUCCCAGUCUUCUGCAUGAACUAAAUGAUGUGUCCUUUUUUUCAAAGAGGAAGAGGCUAUCGUUGAAAUGAAGUAGUCAAAGGGAGAGUGAGAAGUGGAGCAAGUUUACUCAGCAGGUUUCUUAAUUGAGCCAGCAGGCCUUCAGGGACCACGGUUCUGAAUGUGCUCUCUGAUCAAUCUUGGCUUUAUCACCAAUGGUGCAGAGUAAGCUAAAUGCAGCUGCUUAUCUAUCUUAAAAGCUCUGGGACUGUGUCACAGUUUAAAGGUGGGAUUUAAGCCUUUCACAAAACAACCUUGUGUAGGCGUUCUCCUGAAGAGUGUGACGCCAGGACUGUGGCCCCAGUCUCUCAGUAGGCCAGGCUGCCAAGAGUGGGCGGUGGGGAGAGGCCAUGCGUGCCUUCCCUGUCAGGGGCUACUCGCUUAAAGUAGCUGGAAGGGAAGUUCCCCAGGUAGAAGGUGAGUUCCUUUGAGGGGCACAGGUGAUGCUGUUCUGAGGGCAAAGAGAACUCUCUCCUUAGGUGAGAGGUUAAUGUAGGGAGGGGUAUUGAUUUUUUUUGUCUGUGUUUAAACAAAUGGGCAUUUGUGUAGCUCAAAUUAACGAAGCAGAUACUGUGUGCUCAGUAAGGACUUCUGGAAAAUGCUUAAACUUUA